UUUCUUUCAAUUUCCCAAUUCUUUGCUUUUUUGAGACAAGGUUUCACUACGAAGCCCAGGCUACCACAGCUUUCCAAGCCAGCCCCCAUCCUCGCACCCCGACCCGCCCCCUCAGCACAAAGCUUGUUAAGGGUACUCAGCAAGCUAGGGGCGAGCUCAGUCCUGGAGCCCGGAUGCCGGCACAGCACCGCACAAGCCAGACGCCUGCCCGCUCCCGCAGCAGCACCCUGGGUGCUGUCCGCUGACGUCAGAGGUCCCGCCCAAGAGGCGGGACUUCCUAUCCGGGUUAGCCAAUUCCGGGCGGGCCGGAAGUCCCUAUUCCGGAAGUAUACAGGUCUUCCCGCAGGCCGCUCUGGAGACCCCGGGUCCUCGAGUGCCAGGUCUUUCGGGGUGGUGAGAAGCAGGAGCUGCGGCAUGGACAGCCGUUUGCAGGAGAUCCGGGAGCGGCAGAAGCUACGGCGGCAGCUGCUGGCUCAGCAGCUGGGAGCGGAAAGUGCUGACAGCAUUGGUGCUGUGUUAAACAGCAAGGAUGAACAGAGAGAGAUUGCUGAAACGAGAGAGACUUGUCGGGCUUCCUAUGAUACCUCUGCUCCAAAUUCAAAACGGAAGUGUCUGGAUGAAGGAGAGACAGAUGAAGACAAAGUGGAAGAAUAUAAGGAUGAGCUGGAAAUGCAACAGGAGGAGGAGAAUUUGCCCUAUGAGGAGGAGAUCUACAAGGACUCCAGCACUUUUCUUAAGGGAACACAGAGCUUAAAUCCCCAUAAUGAUUACUGCCAACAUUUUGUAGACACUGGACAUAGACCUCAGAACUUCAUCAGGGAUGUCGGUCUAGCUGACAGAUUUGAAGAAUACCCCAAACUAAGGGAACUCAUCAGGCUAAAGGAUGAGUUAAUAGCUAAGUCCAAUACACCUCCUAUGUACUUACAAGCAGAUAUAGAAACCUUUGACAUCAGAGAAUUGACACCCAAAUUUGAUGUGAUUCUUCUGGAACCUCCAUUAGAAGAAUAUUAUAGAGAGACCGGCAUCACUGCCAACGAGAAGUGCUGGACCUGGGAUGACAUUAUGAAGUUAGAAAUUGAUGAGAUUGCUGCACCUCGGUCAUUCAUUUUUCUUUGGUGUGGCUCUGGAGAAGGACUGGACCUUGGAAGGGUGUGUUUGCGUAAGUGGGGUUACAGAAGAUGUGAAGAUAUUUGUUGGAUUAAAACGAAUAAAAACAAUCCUGGAAAGACAAAGACUCUGGAUCCCAAGGCUGUUUUCCAGAGAACAAAGGAACACUGCCUCAUGGGGAUCAAAGGAACUGUGAAGCGAAGCACUGAUGGAGACUUCAUUCACGCUAACGUUGACAUUGACUUAAUCAUCACAGAAGAACCUGAAAUUGGCAAUAUAGAAAAGCCUGUAGAAAUUUUUCAUAUAAUAGAGCACUUUUGUCUUGGUAGAAGACGCCUUCAUCUAUUUGGAAGAGAUAGUACAAUUCGGCCAGGCUGGCUCACAGUUGGACCAACACUUACAAAUAGCAACUAUAAUGCAGAAACAUAUGCAUCCUACUUUAGUGCCCCCAAUUCCUACCUGACUGGAUGUACAGAGGAAAUCGAGAGACUUAGACCAAAGUCACCUCCUCCCAAAUCUAAGUCUGAUCGUGGUGGUGGAGCUCCCAGAGGUGGAGGAAGAGGGGGAACAUCUGCUGGCCGUGGUCGAGAAAGAAAUCGAUCCAAUUUCCGAGGAGAAAGAGGCGGCUUUAGGGGGGGUCGUGGAGGCACACACAGAGGUGGCUUCCCACCUCGAUAACAUUUCAGGACACUCUCCUUUUAUUUCCCCUCUGGUCUUUAUUGUGGAGACUUACUUUAGAGCUCACCCCCAGCUUGCACUUUGCUUUAGAGUCUCAUGCUGUCCGGAAGAUCUUAGCCAAGCCACCCCCCACACCCCCAGGUAUCACACAGUCCGCAUAGCGUUCAGGGCAAGUGAGGGAUCCUACUUGGUCGUCGUGUGCUGCUGAGCAGAAUGGAACAAGGUGAGUAGCUCCACCUCCAACACUGGCUUUAUUCUGAUCCACUGCGACUUUGCUUCUAGGAACUAGUUGAACAGUGGAAAGGUCUUUCGUGGGCCACAGAAAUGCUGGUAAGAGUUUAUUAACUGUGUGUCCUUGCCACUGUCGCCAUGGCAAAUGGGAAGUUGGGAAUGUGGAUAAAGCAGCAUUAUAACAGGUGAUCAGCCUCCAUCACGGUUUAACAUUUUUUUGUUGAAACAGUAAAAAAACUUUUUUUUUUUUUUCCAACUUUAAAAAAUUUAAAGAAUAGCUUCAAGUAUAAUUUGGGUACUGAAGACUUAGACUGAACAAAAUGACUUUCAGAUCUUAUGAGGGGACACGGCGCUCUCAGGGGUAGGUAAAAGAAGAGGUAGAACUUAGUAGAUUUUAAAACACAAACAGAACAGCUUAUCAGUGUCAGUUGUAAAGCCACAGAUGAGUCUUCAUGCUUCCUAAGAAGCAAAAGGAGAGCACAGCUGUGCCGAGGACGUGGACUUGGACUGACUUUCAGAGCAGUUUCAUGUUUCUUAGCAAAAUUGACAAAGGUAACCAAAGAAAUACCCGUACCCAGGGGUUUGGUUUAAAUAUUUUGGGGAAUAAAUGCUUGGUGAUAAGGAAAUGGCAUGCAUCUUUAAACUUGUUUUUUAAAAAAUUGUUAAAGUGCUUACAGGAAACCCACAGCUUAAAGGCACAGCUUGGACGUGGACCUGCAGUUGCCUUUCCUUAACACCACGUGGUGUGUCUGUGCGCUGGCUGGUGGUGCAGAUCUGUCAGUUGUACGAAGCUUCAUGCCUUAACUCAUGUUUAACUGGAUUUGUUGGAUAUGCUGAAUGAGAAAAUAGCAUUGUUCUUGGCAAUACUUUUUUAGUUGGUAUAAAUUUUCUAAUAAAACUAAACUUGAAAUUUGUGAGUUCA